AUGUUCAACUCGAACAAAAAACGAGCAUAUCAGCCAAUUGAUGAUGAUUACGAGGAUGAACCGUUGAGGAACAGCACAUGCACUUCAAGAAUUCUCGAUAAUACACGAUCUGUUUUAUUUGGUGGUGGAACAAUUAAUGAAGAAAAUCAGUCAUUGUGAGUUUAUAUUCAAUAUUUAUUUUUUUAUUAAAUAAUUUUUCAGAAUGAUUGGCGCAAAUCACUCUUAUCACGAUUCUCCUACAAGACAACCUCCACAAACAGAACAAUAUGAAAAUUUCACAAUGCAGGGACCACCGACAAUGGCAUCUUCUUCACAAUUAGGAGCCAGAAGAUGGGAUCAUAUUGAAAAUCUUGAUGAGGUUCGCAAUUAUCAUUCAAUUUAGACAAGUUUUUAUCUAUAACAGCUCAACAUUUUCAGUUCUUCACAAAUGUUUACGAAUAUCAUCAACAUGGUGGUUUUAUGUGUAUAGCGGUUCAAAAAAUUUUCGGUCUCAUUCAAUUCAUAUUUAUCAUGUCUUUUUCAACAUUCUUCACACAAUGUAUUGAUUAUCAAUUUCUUUUUGCUAAUUCAAAUGUUACAACUCACGGAAAUGUUAAUAUUGGAAAACGGCAUUUCUCGGAUGCAAUUAUUGAAAGUUGUCCAAGUCAUUUGAGUAUUUGGGUAAUUUUUGCCAUUCUCGCAGCUAUUGUUUAUUGGAUAACUCGUGUUAUCAAACAAACACAUUAUUUGCUGAAAAUGAAAGAAAUUCAACAAUUUUACGAAUUGGAAUUGAAGAUAACUGAUGAUCAAUUAUUGAAUUUGACGUGGCAUGCAAUUGUUACAAGAAUUUGUGAAGCACAAAAGAAAGUUAGAUUGAGUAUUCAUAAUGAUAGAAUAACAAGUCUUCAUAUUUAUCACAGAAUUUUGAGAUAUCGAAAUUUUAUGAUUGCUAUGGUAAAUCAGGUUAGUUAAUACAGAUUUUUUAUUUUUGAAAUAUUCAGAAAACAAAAAAUGUUUUUUUUAGAAAGUCCUCAAUCCAGUUUUCGAUGUGCCUUUCCUUGGGAAAAUCGCAUAUUUGCCAAACAACCUGAAGCAUGAAAUUGAACGUAUUUUCUUUUCGAGUUCAACAGCUCCAUGGAGUGGUCCAAAUCUUCGAGAUGACUACAAAUCUACUGAAAUGACCGAUUUUUUGACGAAGAAAUUGAAAGAUGAUUGCAAAUUUUAUGGAUAUGUUUCGCUCGUUUUGAUGCCACUUAUGUUACCAUUUCAAGUUAUGGAAUCGUUUUUCUCGUUGACUGAUUUGAUUAAAAGAAAUAAAGAUGGAUUGGGAAAAAGAAGAUAUAGUAAUUAUGGAAGGUAAGUGUUUGAACAUUUUCAGAAGAAAAAACGUUUUGAAAAAUUAUAUAAUGACACUAGAAAACGCUUUUAUUUUCUAGAUAUCUUGUCCGUCAUUUCAAUGAACUCGAUCAUGAACUUGCUGCUCGGCUCAAACGUUCCUAUAAACACGCAACACAAUAUAUGAAUCAAUUUUUCUCGCCAAUUGUUGAAAUUAUCGCGAAAAAUAUUGCAUUUAUUGCUGCUGCAAUUGUUGGAAUACUUGCCAUUUUAUCAGCUUGGGAUGAAGAUGUUUUACAAAUCGAACAUGUUUUGACAGUUAUGACUGUUUGCACAUUUAUAAUAAUUGGUUGUAGUGGAAUGAUUCCUGAUGAAAAUCUUGUUUGGCAACCGGAAAUUUUGAUGACACGAGUUUCGAGUGAAAUUCCAUAUUUGCCAAUUGAAUGGAAAGGAAAAGCACAUACUGCUCAAGUUCAACAUGAAUUUGAUCAAUUAUUCCAAAUGAAAUGGAUGUUUUUCCUUUUGGAAAUCACAAGUCCCAUUUUCACACCAUUUGUUCUACUUUUUUGGUUGCGACCAAGAUGCGGAGAAUUUAUCAACUUUUUCCGAGAAUAUACUGAACAUUUGGAAGGAAUGGGAGAUGUUUGUAGUUUUGCAUUAAUGGAUGUUGCAAAACAUGGAGAUCCAGAAUGGAAUCUUGAAGAGGAACAAGUUCAAAAACCAGUCAAGAAAGAAAAUCGUGCAAUGUCAGGAAAAACUGAGUUAUCUGUGAUGCAUUUCAAAGCAUUAAAUCCUGAAUGGCAACCACCGAAAGCAUCAGAAAGAUUUUUGAAGAGAUUCAGAAGCCGGUUAGGUCAAGAAGUAUCAAUGAUAACACCACUUGGUUUAGCUGCAAAUACGGAAAGAAAUAAUUUGAUGGAAUCUUUACAAGUUCUUAUACCAGAUGGUGGAAUGGGAAUUGGUUUAGAUCCACAUCCUGUUUUUGGACAAGGUGUUCAUCGAAUCGAUGGACCAUUAGACAGUAUAAUGGCUCACGGAAAUGGUAACAAUAAUGGAUUACUGACCAGUUUGUGUAGAGAACAACCAAAAGCUGCAGAAUCAUUGAGUAACAGUUUAAGAGCGAAUGGUUUGCCAGGAGAUAUUGCAGCAAAUGAAAUGAGAUUGAGCACAUUAUUCUUGAGAUCAACUGUGGAAGCUGGAAGAUUAUUAAGAGCUGGAGGACAUUAUGGAGGGACAAGUAUGACACCAUUAAAUAUGCAAAGUGUAUUUGCAAUGCCAGGAAUGACUAGAAAAGGUUUGUUUUAUUUCAAAACAACAUAAAAUAUAAUUAAUAUUUUGCAGAAGAUUCUCUGAUUGAUGUUGAAACUGGUCCAUCAACUUCUACAAUGCAUCAUCUUCAAUCAGCUCCGCCAUUUCAAUCAACAAUUAAUUCGAAUGGUUUGACUGAUUUGAAUAUUCCAGAAGAACUCGAAAGAUCUUCUGAAUCUCCACAAAGAAGUCAACUUGUUCUUCAUCGUGAAGAAAAUGAAGAAGAUCAAGAAGAAGAAGAAGAAGAUGAUGAUUAUGCUCCACCAGUUUCAUUUAGUAGCUAA